UUGGCGGCUGUUGCUGGGGGCUGCCGGGGGAAGCGGCGCUGCCUGCGGGGGAGCGGGCCCGGCGGAGGCCGUCGCCAUGGGCAACCGGGGCAUGGAGGAGCUGAUCCCGCUGGUCAACAAGCUGCAGGACGCCUUCAGCUCCAUCGGGCAGAGCUGCCACCUGGACCUGCCGCAGAUCGCCGUGGUGGGCGGCCAGAGCGCGGGCAAGAGCUCCGUCCUCGAGAACUUCGUCGGCCGAGAUUUCCUGCCUCGUGGUUCUGGAAUUGUCACCAGGCGACCUCUCAUUCUUCAGCUUAUCUUCUCUAAAACAGAAUAUGCAGAAUUUUUGCACUGCAAGUCCAAGAAGUUUACAGAUUUUGAUGAAGUUCGGCAGGAGAUCGAAGCAGAGACGGACAGGGUCACAGGAAGCAACAAAGGCAUUUCUCCCGUUCCCAUUAACCUAAGGGUUUAUUCACCUCAUGUGUUGAAUUUAACCCUGAUUGACCUUCCGGGUAUUACUAAGGUGCCAGUAGGUGAUCAGCCGCAAGACAUUGAGUACCAGAUCAAAGAUAUGAUUUUGCAGUUCAUCAGCCGAGAGAGCAGCUUGAUUCUUGCCGUGACUCCAGCUAACAUGGAUUUGGCCAACUCGGAUGCUCUCAAAAUGGCCAAAGAAGUGGAUCCACAAGGGCUACGAACAAUUGGGGUGAUCACCAAACUAGACCUGAUGGAUGAAGGCACUGAUGCCAGAGAUGUACUGGAGAACAAACUCUUACCUCUGCGGAGAGGCUACAUUGGAGUUGUGAACCGGAGCCAGAAGGAUAUUGAUGGUAAGAAGGAUAUCCGAGCAGCACUAGGAGCUGAGCGCAAGUUCUUCCUUUCCCAUCCCGCUUACAGACACAUGGCAGACCGCAUGGGAACGCCCCAUUUGCAGAAGGUCCUCAACCAGCAACUGACCAACCAUAUUCGGGAGACUCUGCCAUCGCUGCGCAGCAAACUACAGAGCCAGUUGCUCUCCCUGGAGAAAGAGGUAGAGGAAUACAAGAACUUCCGCCCAGAUGACCCUACACGCAAAACCAAAGCCUUGCUGCAGAUGGUCCAGCAGUUUGCUGUGGACUUUGAAAAGCGGAUCGAAGGUUCUGGGGACCAGGUGGACACACUAGAACUCUCUGGUGGAGCUCGAAUCAACCGCAUUUUCCAUGAGAGGUUCCCCUUUGAGUUGGUCAAGAUGGAAUUUGAUGAGAAAGAUCUGAGACGAGAAAUCAGCUAUGCAAUCAAAAACAUCCACGGUGUGAGGACGGGGCUCUUCACACCUGACAUGGCGUUUGAAGCCAUAGUGAAAAAACAGAUUAUAAAGCUCAAAGAGCCCAGUUUGAAGUGUGUUGAUCUGGUGGUCUCAGAGCUGGCUAUGGUCAUUAAAAAGUGUGCAGAGAAGCUUGGCUCUUACCCCAGGCUGCGUGAGGAGACAGAGAGAAUUGUCACAACGUACAUCAGAGAACGUGAAGGCAAAACAAAGGACCAGAUCCUCCUGCUGAUUGACAUAGAGCUGUCCUACAUCAACACUAAUCAUGAAGACUUCAUUGGAUUUGCCAACGCCCAGCAAAGGAGCACUCAGGCGAAUAAGAAAAGAGCCAUUCCCAAUCAGGGGGAGAUACUGGUGAUCCGCCGAGGCUGGCUGACCAUCAACAACAUCAGCAUCAUGAAAGGUGGCUCCAAGGAAUAUUGGUUUGUCUUGACCGCAGAGAGUUUGUCCUGGUACAAGGACGAGGAGGAGAAAGAAAAGAAAUACAUGCUGCCUCUAGACAACCUGAAAAUCAGAGAUGUGGAGAAAGGGUUCAUGUCCAACAAGCACGUCUUUGCCAUCUUCAACACAGAACAAAGGAAUGUGUAUAAAGAUCUGCGGCAGAUUGAGCUUGCCUGCGACUCCCAGGAAGAUGUGGACAGCUGGAAGGCCUCCUUCCUCCGAGCUGGUGUUUACCCAGAGAAAGACCAAGUGGAGAAUGAAGAUGGGGUUCAGGAGAACACUUUUUCCAUGGAUCCUCAGUUAGAACGCCAAGUGGAAACUAUCCGCAAUCUUGUUGACUCGUAUGUUGGGAUCAUCAACAAGUCCAUCCGGGAUCUCAUGCCAAAGACAAUUAUGCACCUAAUGAUAAACAAUACCAAGGACUUCAUCCAUUCAGAGCUGUUGGCCUACCUAUACUCCUCUGCUGACCAAAAUAGCUUGAUGGAGGAGUCUGCAGACCAGGCGCAGCGUCGGGAUGACAUGUUGCGGAUGUACCACGCUUUGAAGGAAGCGUUGAACAUAAUUGGGGACAUCAGCACCAGCACAAUUUCCACCCCAGUUCCCCCGCCUGUGGAUGACACUUGGCUGCAGGCGGCAAGCAGUGGGCAUAGCCCGACACCACAGCGAAGGCCCACUAGUACAGUAUUGCCCCCGGGGAGACCCCCAGCUGUGAGGGGUCCUAUGCCAGGGCCCCCCUUGAUUCCAGUACCAGCAGCAAGUGGCCCUUCUUUUGUGGCACCACCCAUUCCUUCACGCCCUGGACCUCAAGGAACAUUUGUUGCGAACAGUGACCCUUUCUCAGCACCUCCUCAGAUUCCUUCACGACCAGCACGUGUUCCACCUGGCAUCCCUCCAGGUGUGCCCAGCAGAAGACCCCCUGCCGCACCAAACCGGCCCACCAUUAUCCGACCAGCUGAGCCCUCUUUAUUAGAUUAACCACCAAAAUCCUGGGGAGCUGUUGCUUGUUAACUAUCUUGUGGAAAGAACUCAUGCCUAAUCUCCUGUGUAAAAGAGCUCUUUGCGACUGUGAUCGACUGUAGCCAAGGCCCAUGUUCUCUCCCCACCCGUCACAGCUGUGGCACCGGCAACCCUGGGAUGGGUGCUGUGGGUCUGUGAUCUGUCAAGAGCCCCGAGAGGCCAAGCAUUCCUUGUCACGGUUUCCCUCUCCCUCCAAUCUGUGGGUCUUGGCUAGGGUGGGAUUUGACGUCCUGAACAUUCUCUGGGGAGGAGGCAGUGGUGGCGGCAGCAGCUGCUUCACCAUCCUCCGGGUGGCCAUACCAGACCCGUUCCUCAUGAGAACAUGGAGGGUUCUGAUUUGUGGAGUUGUUUUGCACUUUGUUAAAAAAUAGAGAAAGGAAACCUCCCUCACUGGGUGAUUGCUUGUGAAUGUGUGAGAGUAAAGAGGUGAAUUUCCAGCCAUCCCUUGUGAUUUGAGCACAUAGAAUCUCCUUUUCCCACUGUUGUUGAUUGGACUGCUUCCCCUUGCUCUGGAUUUCUUUGUUCCCCUGUAUAUAAAAUCUACGCCUUAGAUCUGCUUUCCUUCCCCGCCCCCCCUUUAAAUUUCAUUUAGAAAUUUAGAUCAGUUUCUAUUUUAUAGUUUUCAAGAAAAUGAAAUUAUGAUGAGGACUGCAAAUAACUUGCUACUAAAUUAAGACUGCGAUCCCAUGCAGUUUCUCCAGUCCAAGCCCCUUGACUUCAGUGAGCUUAGACUGGAGUAACUCUGCAUAGGAUUGCACUGAAAGCCGCAGCAAGACCACCCCAAGCAGAGGAAGGCAAGCUGGCUGGCCUCUGAGCCUUGGAUAUCAUGAUGAUCUUCAAGCUCUGCCACCUUCUACACCCGCCAGUGCUUGUGCUUUAUAAAGAAGCCACGGAUUUUGCUGUCAGCACCCCGGUCAUUUGGCUGUCCCUCCUUAGUGACAGCAGGGCAGGGUCCCAGCGGCUGGCUUCAGGGAUGUCUUGGAGACCUUUCAGGCUGCAAUACCAGCUGCCUAUUACCUGAUGAAUUGACUGUGACCACUUGUAACUUGCCUUAUCUUGUACUGAGAAGUGGCGUGAUCAAGGGUGGUGAACCUCUGUGUGAACGGUGGGAAGCCUUUCCCCGCCAAACCGGAAGAGGGACUUUGCCUCAAGAAAGGAACCUUACGCUGUCCUUCCUCAGUGGAACAGCUCUGUCCUCCCUCGAGGCUGCAGCAGGUUUCGCGUGACCAACAAACAGGUCUUGAGCACUAACACACACACACCCCCCCCCCGAGUGGCUUUGGCGCAGCAGAAGAGUUUGAGCUGCUGCUUUCUCACUAGAGCCCGGAGAGUUUGUGAAGCAACGUGGAAUCCUUCUCAAUAGGACUAGCCAAGCACUCUGCCCUCUCUGGGCCAUGGCUGUAAAUACUUCUUCAUAAAGACAAACUGUGUAUUAAUACUUGUAUAAAUUCUAGGGUUUUUAAAAAAGAAAUCAGUAAAGUCCCAGCCCCCCGUCAGGGAUACUUCAGGAAAGAUGGAAGGAACAGCAACACACACACACACCACCUGCCUUAAACGUUUCCUUUGAGCGACCUUUUCCUGCUUGACUGGGAGUUGUAGUUGCUUGCUUGAUGCCCGCAGUGGGCCAGGCCUUCCAGAGAUGAGACUAACUGGUGCCUUUUCUACUUGAACUCCGCACUGUCUGUCCUCCUAACCAGUGUUGCCUUCCAAUGGAGGUCCCUCUGGGCCUAGAAGAGCGGAGAGCUUGGGCCCUUCGUGAUCUCCCACCGCUUGUCCAUUCAUCCCUUCUCUAGAAACUGGCAGUUGCUUGGUCGGCCAACCUUGUACUCUAAAUACUUUUGUGAUGAUUUACUUCCUGUUCCUACCAUGGGGGAAAGGGGCCUAAGAACCUUCUCUCCCUUGUCUUUAGAUGAGAAAAGCCCUCCACUGUUUGACAUAAGUGCCUCCAUUCUGUAUACUAUUAAUAAACUAAAUAAAGGGAAAUUCUGCUGGUGGAAGGUC